GGCGGGUUUCGAGGCGGACUGAGCUCCGGCGGAUGGGAGCUGCUGUUGCACAAUAGAAACGGGUCCUCGGCCAGCAUCACUCAGAGGGCAGCUGCCGCGGGAGGAGGUGCAGUGCAAAACAAGGCCAAAAUGUUGUCCAGGCUACGAGCAGCUGCCACCCCCUGUGCCAUGGCGUGUCGCGGUGCCCACACGAAGGAGAAGGGCAAGCCGCUGAUGCUGAACCCACGAACAAACAAGGGUAUGGCUUUUACAUUACAUGAACGACAGCUGCUGGGGCUGCAAGGACUUCUACCUCCUAAAAUAGAGACACAAGACAUCCAAGCCUUACGCUUCCACAAGAAUUUGGCCAAAAUGACUGACCCCUUGGAAAAGUAUAUCUACAUCAUGGGAAUCCAAGAGAGAAAUGAGAAGCUGUUCUACAGGGUGCUACAAGAUGAUAUUGAGCGGUUGAUGCCAAUUGUGUACACACCAACAGUAGGCCUUGCCUGCUCCCAGUAUGGACACAUCUUCAGGAGACCAAAAGGAUUAUUCAUUUCUAUCUCAGACAGAGGCCACAUAAGGUCAAUUGUGAACAACUGGCCAGAGAAUGAUGUUAAGGCUGUUGUUGUCACAGAUGGAGAAAGAAUAUUGGGUCUUGGAGACCUUGGUGUGUAUGGGAUGGGGAUUCCAGUAGGGAAACUGUGUUUGUACACAGCCUGUGCAGGAAUACAUCCAGAUAAGUGCUUGCCCGUCUGCAUCGACGUGGGAACUGACAACCCUACACUCCUCAAAGAUCCAUUUUACAUGGGGCUGUACCAGAAAAGGGAUCGCUCACAGGUCUAUGAUGACCUCAUUGAUGAAUUUAUGGAAGCCAUUACAGACAGGUAUGGUCAGAACACACUAAUCCAGUUUGAAGACUUUGGAAACCACAAUGCUUUCAGGUUUUUAAGAAAGUACAGAGAGAAAUACUGCACCUUCAAUGAUGAUAUUCAAGGGACAGCUUCAGUGGCCCUGGCAGGACUGCUGGCAGCACAGAGAGCCACGGGUAAACCACUUGCAGAGCAGAAAGUGCUGUUCCUUGGAGCAGGAGAGGCUGCCCUGGGGAUUGCAAACCUCAUCGUGAUGGCGAUGAUGGAGAGCGGCGUCUCUGCUGAGGAAGCCUACAGGAGAGUGUGGAUGUUUGACAAAUAUGGUUUACUGGUUCAGGGUCGAGAACAAAAGGUGGAUUCCAAUCAAGAGCCAUUCACACAUCAGGCUCCAGAGCAAAUACCAAAGACAUUUGUAGAGGCAGUGAAUGUACUUCGACCUACAGCUAUCAUUGGAGUUGCAGGGGCUGGGCGACUCUUCUCUCAGGAUGUGAUCAAAGCCAUGGCUGCUAUCAACGAGAGACCCAUCAUAUUUGCACUGAGUAACCCUACAGUGAAAGCUGAGUGCACAGCAGAGGAAGCAUACACACUCACAGAGGGACGUUGCCUGUUUGCCAGUGGCAGCCCCUUUGACCUGGUGACUCUGAAAGAUGGAAGAACCUUCAAACCAGGCCAAGGAAACAAUGCUUAUAUAUUCCCAGGUGUGGCUCUGGCUGUGAUCCUCAGCAGCGUUCGGCAUAUUAGCGAUAAGGUUUUCCUGGAGGCUGCUAAGGCAUUGACAGAGCAGCUGACUGAUGAAGAGCUUGCACAAGGAAGGCUCUAUCCUCCACUCUCCAAUAUCAGGGAAGUUUCUAUUUAUAUUGCUGUCAAGGUGAUGGAGUUCCUGUAUGCUAACAACAUGGCCUUCCACUACCCUGAGCCUGCAGACAAGAACCGCUACAUCCGGUCCAAGGUGUGGACCUACGAGUACGAGUCCUUCAUGCCAGACGUCUACGACUGGCCUGAGUCCAAGGUGCACUGAUGCCUCAGAAGAUCACACUCCUCAGGCAGUAUCUUCUACUCUGCAGGGACCCCUUUUCCAGACCAAUUCAAAUCAUGAUCUUCAAGUCCUAUAAUUUAUUUCCACUCAUUUUACUGUCUUCUGUUU